AAUUUGAAAUCCUGUGUAUUCUUCUUUACGUAGAGAGAGAAAGAAAGAAACUUACUGCUUCAAUUACUCCUCCAUUUUCAACCAUUUUUCAUCUAACAAGAUAUCCUUUCACUAUCCCAACUCCCAACUCCCAACUCCCAACUCUCUUUCCUCUCUGCACUCUCAACUCUCAACUCUCAACAAUGGCUACGUCUUUGACCUCCAUUGAAGAUGCUCCUCCUGCUGAGUCUGCCGUUGAGUACUUUCCUUCUCAAGAUCUCAAUCCCUUAUCUCACCCCGAUGAACACAUCCAGGAUUUACUUGAGGGUUUGAAUUCAAAAGAUUGGAUUAAGGUCUGUGAAUCACUGAAUGAUACUAGGAGAUUCGCUCUUUAUCAUUCUACUCUUUUGCUUCCUUUAUUGGAACCGGUUAUGAUGGUAUUGGUUAAGGCAAUGAAGAACCCUAGAAGUGCUUUGUGCAAAACAUCUAUAAUGGCUGCUGCUGAUGUUUUUGUUGCGUACCAGGAUAAGCUGCUGGAGGAUACUUAUUCUGCUGCUUUUGAUAAUUUGCUGCUGCAAUUAUUGCUGAAAGCAUCACAAGACAAGCGCUUUGUGUGUGAAGAAGCAGACAAAACCUUGAAUUCUAUGGUUCAGUCUCUUACCCCUCUUCCUUUGCUUCAAUCUCUUCAGAAGUAUGCCCGCCAUUCCAAUCCUAGAGUCAGGGCUAAAGCUGCCAUUUCCAUCGCCAAUUGUGUCUCCAGAAUGGCCUUCAAAGAUUUACAGGAAUUCGGGUUGGUUCCACUUGUUCAAGUGGCUGCUAAUUUGCUGAAUGAUAGGCUACCAGAAGCUAGAGAAGCUGCUCGAAGUAUUGCCAUGUCUGUAUACAGGUCAUUCACCGAAAAUGAAGAAUAUGAAAAACAAGAGUCAUGGCAAAACUUUUGCGAAUCUAAUUUGCCAGCUCUUCACGGUCAAUCGAUAAUCAAAAUCACGACAACCCAUUAAGCCUAUAGUUGCUGCUGCUGCCUUAUGUACGUACAGAGACGCCUUUUGAGAAUUUAGGUCUCAUCAGUUCGUUCUUGCGAGAUUUUAGCCGAUAUUAUGCUGUAUCACGUCCUUGCUUCCACAUUUGAGUUGCUCUUAAAGGCAUUUGGUUAUAUCUUUCUAGCUAAACAUAAUCGAGUUUGCUGUCGUAUCAGGGUGAUUAUGGUGAUAUGUACUCCAGCCUCCAAGUAUCGGCAUGCUACUUCCCUUCUCUGGUUGUCCAAUUGCUGCACAUCUUUUAUUUCAGGCAGUCGUGACAGUUUUAUCAAUGAUAUAAUAUGAUGCUUCUAUUGCUUCAACAGUUCUACUUUAUGUUGCUUGGACGACUCUUAUACUUGUGUCCGACUCAAUUCAAGUAUUCAACUUGACUAUUUUAUGACAUUUAUAAAAUUUUUUGAACCUUUAUUGAAGUGUUGAGUACCAUACCCAUUUCAGAGUAUUAAGGGUCCAACACAGGUA